AGAUAAUAUGCGUUUCAGGGGCUGGAGCAAAGUGAGAGCUGAGUGGGCGACGACAAAACACUUAACAAAAAGCCAGGCGCCAUCUGCUGUUGCUGUUGAUGUUGCUGCUUCUCCGCGCCGCGGCCGCGACUGGAGGUACCCCAGGGACCCUGGUGCCUCUUACCCCCCUGCGGAUCUGAGAGCCAGGUCCCAGCGUGGAGCCCAGGUCCCCCCUGAGAAUGCCCCUUAUCAUCUCAACUUGAGAGGAAGGAGGAAUCACAGAGAGAAUACUAAUGGACCUGCCGUUGCACAGCGCAGCGCAACUUUCAACUGUGUAAAUUUGGAAACAGGUGAUGCAUAAUAGGGCUGCUUUUUUCCUUCGUCUACACAUGCACUUUUCACUUAACUGUACUGCACAACGAGAAUCGUAAAGUGGGCUUCAUCUAUCCCUAUAAAUAGUGUUUGUAUGUUUACCCACACAUUCCGCAACCUCAGUAUCUCCACUCAAAAACGAAUGAGACCAAGAGUAGUUGUAGCAACUCCUCUCUGCGCCCCCGUACAUUGGAGGUUGUGUUAUUAUUAGGUUACAUACUUAUUUCCGAGUUUUAUCAAGCAUGUUAAAAAUGACAGCUGUGUAGACCCGGAGCUCCCUGCCUGCGUGUUCGCUGCGACAAUGACCAACGGUGACUGGGGGCACUGGGCAUCAAAACAGCUGUGCAGUUUCUAACCAAUGACAAUCGGAAGAAUCCUCUCGGAGUAUAGAUUCCCAAGCGGCCGUAUUCAAACAACCUACACAUUAUCAAACCAUCGCAGUUGCAAUGCAAUGCCGGUCAGAACGCUUGGUUUCCCGUGAGCGAGGAGAUGCGUACAACGCCGUGUGCCUGUAGGUCAACUGAACGAGGCUUUUGGAGUCACUUGUGGAAUUUUAGACUUGCACGCAUAACGAUGCCUUAUCUGACUAAAUCGCUAUUUUUAUUCUUCUGUCUGGUGGUGACCGGGGAAUGCCGUAAUCACGGACACCGAGUACGGAGAUGGACGGGAACCGUGGAGACGGCAAAGUAUGGCACAGAGACAGCAAAUCAUGGCACUUCCUUGACAAAGAAGCCUCCAGAUGUGACCAAAAAUCGCAAGCAGAAGACAGAGCAGCUUCUGAAAGUAGAUGAUCAUGAUUUCACCAUGAGGCCGGCAUUCGGAGAGUCGUGGCUGAACAACGACAUUAUCAACAUACAGCUGGCUGGUUAUACGCUGUAUCGGCAGGAUAGAACAGCGGCGUCUGGCCCGGCUAUCCCUGUCGGAGUGGACGUACAAGUGGAAAGCUUGGACAGCAUCUCAGAAGUAGACAUGGACUUCACCAUGACUCUGUACCUGAGACACUAUUGGAAGGACGAGCGCCUGACCUUCACCAGCUCCACCAAUAAGAGCAUGACAUUCGACGGGCGCCUGGUGAAGAAGAUCUGGGUGCCAGAUGUGUUCUUUGUCCACUCCAAGAGAUCCUUCAUCCACGACACCACCACAGACAACAUCAUGCUCAGGGUCUUUCCCGACGGACACGUCCUCUACAGCCUGAGGGUGACAGUGACAGCAGCCUGUAACAUGGACUUCAGCCGCUUUCCUUUGGACACCCAGACCUGCUCACUGGAGCUGGAGAGCUAUGCCUAUACGGAUGAGGAUCUGAUGCUGUACUGGAAGAGUGGGGAUGAGUCCUUGAGUACGGACGACCGUAUCUCCCUUUCUCAGUUCCUCAUCCAGAAGUUCCACACCACCUCUCACCUGGCGUUCUACAGCAGCACAGGCUGGUACAAUCGUCUGUACAUCAACUUCACCCUGCGGAGACACAUCUUCUUCUUCCUGCUUCAGACCUACUUCCCUGCCACCCUCAUGGUCAUGCUGUCCUGGGUGUCUUUCUGGAUCGACCGCAGGGCCGUCCCAGCCCGCGUCUCGCUGGGUAUCACCACAGUGCUCACCAUGUCCACCAUCAUUACUGGAGUGAACGCCUCCAUGCCCAGAGUGUCCUACAUCAAGGCUGUGGACAUCUACCUGUGGGUCAGCUUCGUGUUUGUCUUCCUAUCCGUGCUGGAGUACGCUGCCGUCAACUACCUGUCCACCGUGCAGGACCGCAGGGAACGUAAGAUGAGAGACGAGAUAAGAGAGAGGGCCAGGUCACAGUCGCUGCCCUGCACCUGUGGCAUGUCCCAGACCAGGACCAUGAUAUUAGACGGGAACUACAGCGAGGCGGACACCAACAGCCUGGCCGGCUACACCUCAGGAACUAUGGUGUCCGAGGAGGAUGUGGAGAUGCCACAUGAGGUGAUGAACGAGAAGCAGACUCCUGGGGAGCACAUAGUGGUCCACCUGUCUGUCAGUAGCGAGUCCACAACCACCAAGAAGAAAGGUAUCCGGGCCCUCAAAAUCAUCCAGAAUACACAUGCCAUCGACAAGUACUCCAGGAUGUUAUUCCCUGGCUCCUAUAUCCUAUUCAACUUCAUCUACUGGUGUUCAUACUGUAUAGGAGCGUAGGGUCUACUGUAUAGGUGCAGUAUGGGUCCUGGUCAAAAGUAAUGCACUAUGUAUUGAAUAGGGUGCCAUUUGGGACUAUGUUUAUCAUACGACUGUGUUUAAGACACUCGUCAUGGACAAGAGAAAGGCUAAGAGAGACUGCUACUGGGGUUUACAUGGACAUUUGAUACUAAUGGCCAAUAUUUGGAUGGACUACUAACGGGUUUGACUGGGGUACUGGCCCAUAUGAGACGGAUCUAUAUGGGUUUAUGUUUAUUAUGUAUAUUAAGGUAAGUGUGACUCGCUCACGAAUGACGAGGGAGAUUGCGAAAGUCUGAGAGACGGAGACCGAGUUCUAUGUGGAUAUUUGGCACUGAUGGACAAAGAGAAAAGCCCCCGAGAGAGACAGACAUUCUUCAUCAUCCCACUGUAGUUUGUGAGUUUCUGUCAAUCGAUUCCACAGUGUGAUUCAUAGUUCUGCAAGUACGUAUCAGCUGUUGUUUAAAAACUCUUUUGUCCAAAUAACUAUCAUUUCAAGUCUUUUGUACUCUGGGCUUGGCAUUUGACAACAGAGGUGUGUCUACAAUGUUGUUAGCUUUUCAUUCAGGUCUAUUCGGCAUUCAGGUCUAAGUACCAGUUCAGUCUGUUGAAACAGCUCAGUGUUUAACAGAGUUGAGUUUAAUGGUUACGUACAAAAUGGCACCCUAUACUCUUUAUAGUGGACUACUCUGGGCAAAAGUAGUGCACUAUAUAGGGUGCCAUUUGGGAUGCAACUGAUGCUUUGGAUUAGAGAAUCUGCUACAUAUGUGAAAUGUUAUGAUGCAAUAUACUACAGUGUAUAUAUAUAUAUAUAUAUAAUGGUUUGUGGUUCAAGUGAGGUCUUAGUGGUACUAAAACAGCUGUGAAGUCAUUAAAGCACUACAACAGUAACAACAAUGUAGAGCAUUUCAAGCUGUGAACAACAGUUACUGGGACAUUUGUAGCUUACAAAGGAACUGAGUAAUAGUGUAUAGAUAUGUAUUUUCCUUUCUCUGAUACCUCUCAUAUGGUCAUUAUUGUAUGGUUACAUGCCAUUGUAAAAAAGAAUGUAGGCCUACAAUGUAAAUAUAUAAAUCUAAAAAGAAAUACCUUGUAUUGUGUCACUGUAGCACUUAAUAAAGAUUUGUGUAAUGAAUUACAUGUUUAAAAACAUCUAAGGUGUCCCAUGCCAUCAUACCGUAACAAGCUACAGCCACAAAAGGCAACACAUGGCUUUGCUUGAGAUAUUGACCUUAAAUGUACAGUAUAGAAGAUUUUUGCCUAAAACUAAAUAUACUUUUAUUUUGAGCACUAGAGACUUUAAUAGUCAGGUGAGAAGCUGCAACCCUAAAAUUAGGUGAACGAUUCUAUUAUCAUUCUAAUAACAUGGCUGGAACAGCUUUUACUAAACACUUUUGUAUCUCCAUGUGUUUGCAGAAAUUGUCUUUAAAUAAAUGCAGCUGUAGGCUAUUUCUUCACUAGACAACAGUUCACAUUAGUUUUGUGAAACCAUAAUACUACUUUAGCCAGUCCAUUUUGAAUAGGGAGUCAGUACGGGAAACUAUUUUCCUGUAUCACCAUGUUGAUAUUUUUCAUUAUGAAAAUAAAAUGUAUUGUAUAAUUUGGUGGUAUUAAAAUAUUAUUGAUGAAAGUG